CGGUGGGGGCGGAAGUGCGUCACGGCCGCUUCCGGCGUGCGGGGCGCUCCAAGAUGGCGGCGCUGGCGUUGAGAUGUGUUGGUCGGCGCUGCCUGCUGGCUCGGCUCGGCCCUGGCCUCUCUGUGCGACAUGUUGUCCCGAUGGGAACCACGGCCAAGGAGGAGAUGGCACGUUUCUGGGAGAAGAACACCAAGUCCAACCGUCCCUUGUCCCCUCAUGUCACCAUUUACAAGUGGUCCCUGCCCAUGGCGAUGUCCAUCACGCACCGCGGCACCGGCGUUGCCCUGAGCUUAGGGGUCUCCCUCUUUGGUCUGGCUGCUCUGCUGCUCCCGGAACAGUUCCCUCACUACCUGGCCAUGGUGAAGUCGCUCAGCCUGGGGCCCGCUCUCAUCUACUCCGCUAAGUUUGCUCUGGCUUUUCCCUUCACCUACCACACCUGGAACGGAGUCCGACACCUUGCGUGGGACUUGGGGAAGGGGUUCAAGAUCCCCCAGGUCAACCAGUCUGGGGUGCUGGUCCUGGUCUUGACCCUGCUCUCCUCCGCCGGCCUCGCGGCGAUGUGAAGGUGCCUCCCUGUCGAUGGCCUCCCUGGUUUUUGGAAGAUUUGCUCCGUCCUGGCCCACCCCAAGACAUGCGUGGCGAGGGAGGCGGGAGAGCAGGCUCCUGUGUAACUGCAACCCUCUGGGGAAGGUGGCCCUUCCCCUCCUUGUGAAUCUCGUGGAUGAUCAGAGUUGCUUUUAGUUGUCCCAGCUGAUGUGCUGACCCCCCUGUUAGCUGGGGUGGGGGGACAGACUGAGCUCUGUCCUGCCGUGCUGCACGCCCGAGCAGCCACGGAAAGCCAGGCACGAAUUAACAGCCGAUCCCAGCACAUUUAAUCACUCGCAGAAGCUGCCUCGCUUCUUCCAGGCCAACUCCAGGGCGUUUCUUUUCUCUGCUCUGUCCCCAAGCUUGAGACAAUGCUGGAUCUGUGUCCCCGUGGGCCCGAGUGGGCUCGGGGACGGCUGGAAGCGUGUGUAGGCUCGGCGCAGGACAAGCGUCUCCAUUGAGGCAGCCCGUGCCCGGGCAGGGAGAGCAGGCGGAGCUGCCAACGCCGGCACCCGGGAGGGGAAUGGGACAUGGGUGCCACGCUGGGACCCUGCGCUUCCCGAGCCUGGCGAGGCGAGGCUCAGUCCCCACUCCUUGUCCUUGAAGCGCCGUGAUUCAGCGCCAUUUGGGGCCCUGAAGCCCCUGCCAGUGAAAAACAUCCCAUUUUCCCCCGUUAGGAAGUUCCUCUGUUUCUGGCAUGACAGGAGGGUCGUGGUUUUCCGGCCGCGUGUUGCCACCAGCUCUCGUUUCAGCACUUGUCACUUGUCACCUUUGCAAUAAAGCAGCCUUGAUCCUUCACGCUGA